CUCCACUCACCACUCACCACUCAGCCCCUCCCCGCCCCCAGCUACUGCACUGCCCAGCUCCCCUGCUACUUUUUGAAUGAGCACUACUACUACAACCCAAAACAAGGUGGACGCCACUACCAAGAAGACCAAGGCCCCCGUGGCCCAGACUGGGGUUGAGAACCUCGGUCCCGCUUUUGACCCGUUUGCCCCCGUUGAUGACUUGAACGACACUCCCUCUAUCGAAAAGGCCGUUGGUAACAAGAAUGACAAGAUUCACAUCCGUCUCCAGCAGCGUAACGGUCGAAAGACCCUUACCACCAUCCAAGGUAUCCCCUCCAAGUUUAACCACAACAAGAUCCUCAAAGCCAUGAAGAAGGAAUUCGCUUGCAACGGUACCGUCCACAAGCCCGAGGUCGACUCGGAUGAGGAGGCUUCCCCUGCCCCUGGUGCCAAGGUCAACCACGGAGAUGUCUUGCAGCUCCAGGGCGACCAGAGGAUGGGCGCCAAGCAGUUCUUGAUUGACAGUGGGAUCGUGUCUGCCAAGGAUGCGAAGGUCACUAUCGUGGUCCACGGUUACUAAACCGCGCAUUUCGCCUUGGUCGAUCAUCACCGACUAUUCAUGAACAUGUUGGAGAUACCUCGCUUCGGUUCUCUACUUACUGUAUCUAUCUAAUCCGAUAUCGCUGUUUGUUUAUGAAGUAAAUGAUCCGACGU